UGAACACAUUGAAGAUAGUUACGCGUUUUACGUUACUCUAGUUAUAGUAUUGUGAGAGAACACAUUAGAAUAUGCAAUUCUUGGUAUUUGAUUCGUAAAAGUUAGUAGUUUAUCAUUAAUUUAUAGACAUCUCACGUCUCUUUGGAAUUUACUAAUACAAUGAAAAAAUACCAAAUGAUAGUGUUCGUCAUUGGAAUUUUUGGUAUGGAUGUUGUAAGGAAGUGUAUACUUAUAUAAGCGAAUAUAAGGUAUCUACAAAGCUGUGAAAUAGUAGACAUACCCCCUAGGCAAGCCGGUUUGGGUUAGCCAUCCCUAUUAUUAACAAAAAACGACUUGGAGGAUGGCUGUGCUGCAUUACUACAAAGCACAUAACUUCAGAUAUACAAGUUUGUGCACACAAUUUCAAAACUAAUAAAAAUACUAAAUAAAAAGACUUCGCAAAACAAGCAAGCGACAGAGAGACACCAGAGUUUAACAAAAGCUCGAAUCUAUUCUAAAAGGCAAAAUCGAGGUCCUGAGAAGUCGAAGGCAGUCGUGAAGUAUUCAAUGUUUAUAUUCGGCUUUUACCUGAUAAAUACCUUCUCGAGGGUUUUCCUUCAUCGCCAGCACUGCGGUACAACAGCACAUUGUCGUAGAACCGAGAGAUUUUAAUUUCGCAAAGGAACUCAGUCAGACUUUCCAUGGACACUAAAGAAUGAAACAGACAGAUGUCGACGUUCGGAUGAGUGAACCGUAUAGGCUAGGGGAGAACCCUCCACUCUUCCUUCUGUACCUCAUCAUCGACGCUAUUUGUGCCAAUUGAUGCAGCGCGGAUGACGAGUGACGAGGAGUUGGCGACGGCCUUACACCAGCGGCCUGACAUGUUGGAACGCGUGCUUGAUUCGAGCCCCGAACUGGUUGGUCGAAUUAUUCAGACCAUGGGCGUCCAGGAGACGACGUUAUGUAGUCUGCUGGAUAGACACCCCGAACUGCUGGAGAAGUACCUGGAGGAGCAUGCCAGCGCAGAGCUGAUCACGCGCUUGAUAAGACGAUACCAGGAGAGUCACCAGUUGCCCGUGAUACCACGGUCUCCCAGGUCCCCUGUGUCGCCGGCACCGCCCGUCUACUCGCGCACGGAGAGUCGGGCCUCACUGUCGGUGGGGGAUGAGUUCCGUUGCAAGAACACUUCAGUCGCCUCCGAACUCUUCCACACCUGGCUCGCCUCCUCGCCGAUCAAGCGAGCCAGGUCUCCAACCAGCAGGCCUCGAGUCAGCGGAGAGUGGCGCCGCCAGUUGGGGUUGCUGGACGAAGGAGAACUUUUUAUGGAGUUGAUCCGCGAUGUCUCCAAUGAGCUUGACAUCGACGUCCUCUGCCACAAGAUCCUGGUCAAUGUCGGACUGCUAACUCACGCUGACCGUGGCAGCCUCUUCCUUGCCCGGGGAACUCCGGACAGCCGCUUCCUGGUCGCCAAACUUUUUGACGUCACCGUGGAUACAGAACUAGAUGAAGCUGUUCAGAAGGCAAAGGCGGAGGAGAUCCGAAUACCUUUCGGUGUAGGAGUGGCGGGCGCAGUGGCCCAGACCAAACAACCGGUCAACAUCAAGAACGCUUAUGAGGAUCCUAGGUUCAACAGUGAGAUAGAUAUGAGGACCGGUUACAAGACGAGGCUGAUCCUGUGUGUGCCGAUCUGUAAUUAUGAGGGAGACGUCAUCGGCGUGGCUCAGAUCAUCAACAAGACUGACUCCACCAAUGAGUUCACGGAGAGAGAUGUCGAGGUCUUUCAGAGGUACUUGACAUUUUGCGGAAUCAGUAUCCAGAACGCCCAGUUAUUUGAGAUGUCUGUUCAAGAGUACCGAAGAAACCAGAUCCUGUUGAACCUGGCGAGGAGCAUCUUCGAGGAGCAGAAUAAUCUGGAGUGUCUGGUAACCAAGAUCAUGACUGAAGCCCGAGAUCUCCUCAAAUGUGAACGCUGCGCCGUCUUUUUGCUCGACUCUGACUGUUGCGAGAAGAGCCAUCUGGAGAACAUAGUGGAGAGGCCAGGCCGUGUUCUGGCAGAGCGGAAACCGCUUUGCAGGAGAGAAAGCAAUAACGUAAACGUUGAAGACAUCAUAACACAAAAAGGCAAUGAAAAGAAUAUCAUGUUCACCACAGUGUUUGAGUUAAAAGCCGACUCCAAAGACGCCGUUAUCAACCGACCAACCGUAGCGGAACUCAGCCUCUCCCGCCUUGCUCAGAUCGCCCGAUACGUUGCGGCCACUGGACAGAUCCUAAACAUCGGGGACCUCUCGUCAUGGAUGAAUCAUGAGGUGAAGGAGGAAGAUGGUUUUGUCAGUCGCAGUAUCCUCUGUAUGCCGAUAGUAAAUGGACAGAAGUCUGUCAUAGGAGUGGCUCAGCUUAUCAAUAAGGACACGGGGCAACCCUUUACUGACUGUGAUGUUUCAAUUUUUGAGGCCUUCGCUAUAUUCUGUGGACUGGGAAUCCACAAUACUCAAAUGUAUGAAAAUGCCUGUAAACUCAUGGCAAAACAAAAAGUAGCCCUGGAAUGCCUUUCUUAUCACGCUACUGCCUCUGCAGAGGACACCAACAAACUGAACCAAGAUGCGAUCCCUUCAGCAGAAACUUACAAUUUGUUCAGCUUUACAUUCAUAGAUUUUGACUUGACUGAUGAGGACACUUGCAGAGCAACAAUCCGUAUGUUUCUACAAUGUAAUCUGGUGGAACAGUUCCAUAUACCUUACAAUGUGUUGUGUCGCUGGGUGCUAAGUGUCAAGAAGAACUACCGACCAGUGAAAUACCACAACUGGAGGCAUGCUCUAAAUGUUGCUCAAACCAUGUUCGCCAUGCUCAAGACUGGCAAGAUGGAGAGGUUCAUGUCUGAUCUGGAGAUACUAGGACUUUUAGUGGCCUGCUUGUGCCAUGACCUGGAUCAUAGAGGUACCAACAACGCCUUCCAGACCAAGACAGAAUCGCCACUAGCUAUUCUCUACAGCACUAGCACUAUGGAGCAUCAUCACUUCGACCAGUGCGUCAUGAUACUGAACAGCGAGAAUAAUAAUAUAUUUCAGUCUCUGUCGAUGGAAGACUACAGAUAUGUAAUGAAAGUUGUUGAGAAUUCAAUUCUUUCAACAGACUUAGCCAUGUAUUUCAAGAAGAACAGCAAGUUCAUGGAGCUUAUUGAGAAUGGAGAGUUUGAUUGGCAGAGUGAGGAGAAAAAGGAAUUGUUGUGCGGCAUGAUGAUGACAGCCUGUGACGUCAGUGCUAUUGCAAAGCCAUGGGAAAUACAACAUAAAGUCGCCAAAUUGGUUGCUGACGAAUUUUUUGACCAGGGAGAUCUUGAGAAAUUGCAAUUGAACCAACAGCCAGUGGCCAUGAUGGACAGAGAACGCAAAGACGAAUUGCCACAAAUGCAAGUUGGCUUCAUAGAUGUGAUUUGUCUUCCGCUGUAUAAGGUAUUGGCAGAGACAUUCCCGUGGAUGCAACCACUCUACGAUGGCUGCUACACCAACAAGCUACACUGGCAGGAUUUGGCCGAGAAGGUAGAGAUGGGACUCACAUGGAUAGAUCACGAUACCAUUGAGAAACCCAUAGAAGAGUUUGCUGCCUACCAGGACACUAAAGAUAUCGAGUUAACUGUGACAACUCUCAACUGUGCUCAUACUGACAAAAAGGCCAGUUUGAUUGCAUCAGAAGUAGACAUGCAAGCCAUCUCCGCCAGCCGCAAGUUCAACAGCACUAACGUAAUGGGGAGGUUCACCAGUUUUCGACGAUCUCGAGUAGGCAAGUCGGUCCGCCAUCGCCUGAGCCGGUCCAUGUACAACACCAGCCAGUCGGAUGAGAAAACGGAGGAACCAGAACCAGUUGUCGAGAGGAAACCUUCCGAGCCCCCGCCUCCCCCGCCUUCGCACAAAACCAAAAACAAACUCUGUGCCCUCGUUUGAACAAUGUAUUAGCAAAUAAUUUAGUUUUGUCUGUGAUUUUAGAGUAUUUAUUUUGUACAUAUUUUAUGAAGGCUGAAAAAUUAUUUUAUAAGACCUCAGAUUUUUAAGCAAUCAAAGUGAAUGUGAUCUCGCCCAUAUUGUAUAAAAAGUAGCUGUUUGUAUUUAUUUAGAGUUAGUCCUUUUAACCGAUUUUCUAUUGUUCCUACUCGGUAGUGAUGUUAACUGUUUAGGGUAGGUUUUACUAUUUCAGAGCAAUUUGUACAGUUUUCCAUUUUCAGUAAGGAGGAUAUGAAUGGUCGGAAAAAUUUAGAGCUGUGUAGAAUUAAAUAAGUUCACAUUUGAGUACCUCAGAAUAAUACAUGAACAGUAUUUCACCGGUUUUUAUUAAACAAUAAAAUAAUGAUUUAGAAAAUAGUCCUAGACAUAGAUAUUAAGAUAUCCAGGACUAUUUUAUGUAAAUGCAGAUAACUAUGUUUGCUGAGCAUGUAAAGUAUGGAGUUUUUUUACGUGCUGGAAUAUGUGUGGGUAGGAACAUUUUGAAUUUGAACUCGGGAAGAAUAUUUUUAUUUCAAUCAUCCACCCACAUAGCCAUGUGAAAUUCUGACGAGUUGAAACAGGUCACUAUUGUGAAGUCUUAUACAUUGGUCCUUGGUACUUUCUUUUUCCAUUACCAUACUCAUUUCCACAAAUCAUUACAUAUACCUGGAAAUGUAAUAAUAAAACAUGGAUCGUCCCAAAAUUUAUUUCCACUUUAACUCUUCAUUACUUUACCAAAGUAAGCAUGGUUAUAAUAAUAGUUUGUGAAAGUGAAUUUACCUUGCUAAUCAUCCUAUUUUAUGUUUAAAUCUUUCUGUCUUUUUAACAUUUACACCACUCACAGGUAAUAAAUAACAUAUGAAUUGUAUGGUGAUAAUGUAAAUUGUAUGAAUAGGAUAUAAAUUCAUUACACAUAUGCUUAGUAAGCAUGGUUUAACAGAAAUUUUGAUCUUUUACUCGUGCAACUUAAAUAUUCCCUGUCUUGCUCAAAAAUCAUCUAAAUAUUUUGUACUCCAAAGUUUACAUCUAUUUCCAAAUAUUCUUUUACUUUGUGGUUUAAACCCCCAAAACAAACUGAAACACACUUUAUUCAGUGAUUUUAACCAUUUAGAACCUACACAAAAACUUUAUAAUUUGAAAGUUGGGAAUUCAGUAAGGUAUUAAAAUUAGAUUACUGAUAUAAUUCUGUCAUAAUAUUCCAACAUUUUGGUAAUAAGAUUAUGUAGUUAAUACUAAUUUAGAUUCAGAAAACCCAUUUCCUCAAGAUACUGUAUAUUAAAAUAAUGUUUGUUAAAUGUUGGUACAAAAAAAAUAAAAUAUUGUUUUAUACAAAGUAGCUAAUUACACUUAUCUAUGCUUCAGAUUGUAUAUUUAUAAUAUAAACUAGGAAACUCAAAAUAGCAGUUUUAUUUCCUGAAAAAUAGAAAAUUUCUGAACAAUGUUGUUUAAAUUUUAAAAGAAGUUUGCCAUUUUUCAUGUAAUA